CUAUAAAGAAUAAGUAUCAUUUAGCCUGAGGUAAAGUUGUGUAAACGAAUCACUGAGAGAAGCGCAGGAGCGAGAGGACACAAUUAUGGCAGAGGUUUCGUCUUUAAUUUAUUUGUACGUCAGCUUUUGUAGUAUUAUUUGGGGGAAUGUUGCCUCAGAAUAUGAUACUAAAGAACCAGGAGCUAAAUCCAGUGGAGAUUUUGUCAUAGGAGGAAUGUUUCCUCUCCAUUUACAUGUAGACGAAAAUGAUAGUUCCUUUGCUCCUCAACCUCACAAAUGUUUUGGGAUAUCAACUCGGGCAAUGACACUUUUGCUGACUAUGAUCAAUGCAGUCGAUGUUAUGAAUAAAUCUCCUUUACUGACGGAUCUGAACAUCACUCUGGGCUACCGGAUCCAAGACUCCUGCAUCGAUGUCAGCACGGGUCUCAGAAGCACAGCUGACUUCAUUGAGCAGGCAAAUUGUUGGACAGGACCCGCUUCCCCCACAUGUGAUCAACCUGUUGUGGCCGUCUUGGGCGCUGCAUUUUCUGAAAUGUCUAUUGUUGUUGCAAGGCAACUGGCCCUUGACAUGAUUCCCCAAAUCAGUUAUUCAUCAACAGCUGUGAUUCUAAGCGACAAGGCCCGCUUCCCCAGCUUCUUGAGGACGGUUCCUAAUGAUAAGCACCAGACAACUGCUAUGGUCAGACUAAUCAAGCUCAUGGACUGGAAUUGGGUGGGCAUGGUAAUCGCGGAUGGCGAUUACGGUCGCUCGGCACUUGAGCACUUUGCGGCCGAAGCAGCUGAAAAUGGAAUCUGCAUAGCAUUUAAAAGCAUCCUUCCUCACACCGGUACAGAGGAGCUCUUACGCUCUGCCACCAGAGAGGUUGUCCAAACCAUCUUUCAACAUCCAAAGGCACAGGUGAUCGUGUCCUUUUCAAAGGGGACUCAAAUGGAGGACAUUUAUCAGGAAAUGAGGAAUGAGAUUAUGAGAAAAGGGCAAAGCAUGGAGUCUAUGAAAAGAGUGUGGUUGGCCAGCGACAGUUGGUCCACUUCAGGCUAUGUGAAAGGAAACUUGAGCCUUGAGGACAUAGGACAUGUUGUAGGCUUCAACUUCAAAACUGGAAACAUGUCAUCUUAUAACACGUACUUGGAUAAGUUGGAGGUGACUGGCAACGCAAUGAAUAACACCUUCCUGGAAGAAUUGUUCACGCUGAUAAAUGACAGCGACAUUUCCAGAAACACUGAGCUGGCUUCUGAAGUGGUGAAGACCCUCAAAGAAAACAUAAACCCGGCCACAGUCUUCAGCGUUGAAUUGGCUGUGGCCGCCUGUGCUCAUGCUAUAGCCUCUCUCUGCAGGAACAGAGAUUGCAAAACACCUGGCAACCUGCAGCCGUGGGAGGUAUUGGAAGCUCUUCGGAUGCAUGAAUUUGAUAGUGGAGGGAAGAAAUACACAUUUGAUGACCAAGGAGACAUCAACCAAGGUUAUGAUGUGGUCUUGUGGCGAUCAAUUGAUGGGAAAGUUGGCGUUCAAAGCGUUGUGGCUGAGUACAAUCCACAAAUCAGGAACAUCACCUUAAAAAGCAGCAACUUCGCAGCUCGCUUUCUAGACUUGCAGAAAAUAUUCUCCAGAUGUUCCAAUAGCUGCAUGCCCGGGGAGUUCAUGAAAACAUCGGAGGGUUACCACACUUGUUGUUAUGAGUGCAUCAACUGUACGGAGAAUUACUACUCCAAUAACACAGAUAUGGACCUAUGUUUAAGCUGUGAUAGAAACAUCGAGUGGGCUCCUCAGGGAAGCUCCACGUGCUUUGCCAAAACUGUCACCUACUUCAUGUGGCACGACCGCUUUGCCAUGGCCCUCUUGGCGUUCUCCGCUCUGGGCAUCCUGCUUGUUCUGAUGGUAUCGGCACUGUUUUUCCAUAAGCGGGACACCCCUGUGGUGAGAGCCGCCGGAGGACCCCUGAGUCAGGUUAUCCUGUACUCUUUGGUGGUCAGUUUCAUCAGCGCCCUGCUGUUUGUUGGCCAGCCAGUCGCCCUCCAGUGCAAAGCGCGACAAGUGCUCUUCGGCAUCAGCUUCACCGUAUGCGUGUCCUGCAUCCUUGUCAAAUCGUUGAAGAUCCUUCUGGCCUUCCAGUUAAAUACAGACAUGCAGGGAGCGCUCCGAAAAGUCUACCACGCCUACUUAAUAAUCCUUGCCUGCGUGGCAGUCCAGGUUAUUAUUUGCAUAUGCUGGCUUGUCCUCAAAAGCCCUUAUAUAGAGAUUAUCCAGGAGCCACAAACUCUGCUGGAAGACUGUCACGAGGGAUCGUAUUUGGCCUUUGGUGUGAUGCUGGGCUAUAUUGCACUUUUGGCUUUUGUUUGCUUCGUCUGCGCCUUCGUGGGGCGUAAGUUACCGCAGAGGUACAACGAGGCUAAAUUCAUUACCUUCAGCAUGCUGCUCUACCUGACCUCCUGGCUGAUUUUUAUCCCCAUCUACGUCACAGCAUCUGGAGUGUAUCUUCCGGCCGUAGAAAUGGUGGUCAUUCUCAUCUCCAAUUACGGCAUCAUAAGCUGUCAUUUCCUUCCAAAGUGCUACAUAAUCAUUUUCAGGAGUAAUCAAAACACCAGCAGUGCCUUCAGGGAAAAGCUAUAUCAGUAUAAUGUCAAAUGUACGGAUUCCUUUUCUGUGACUGGAAGUUCAGUGUCAGAGAAAGAGCUCAGCAGUAAGCAGAAUGUCACACGUCCGUCCUGUUUGACGGAUAAAGACUAUGUGAAACCGCCUGUGAAGAAAACCUAUGCCAACAGAGACACUUUCAAAGUUUCUUACAGAAGCAAAGAUAAUAAAUGCAUCGAUCGAAACACUUCCUACAGAAGAAGCAUCAGCCUAUAGGCGGCUCUCCCAGACUAUAAAGACUGUCCAUCCAUCAGCUACUCUCUCAUGACGGUGUUCCCAGAUAACAUGAACAUGCAAAUGGGGAUCAGAAUGUUUUAGAAAAUGUUUGGUCUAAUGUAAAUGCUGAAAAUGGUUAUGAGGAAAAAUGAAACACAUGCACGUGUGUUCAAAGUUCAUCUCUAAACGUUGUGUAUGUUAUUGCACCUUUCUUGAAAUCUCUAUAAAACAUGGAUGAUUCAUUUCCAAAGCCCAUUAAGUUUGAAAACACAAGAAAAAUCAUUGUGAGAGACCAGUCUUGUGCUUCUCACACUUGAUUUGGA